UACACAGCACGCACUCUUCACCAGCGCUCUUUGUCCAAGGACUUCAAAGAUGUUCUGCAUCUCUUUAUUUUUGCUUUUCUUUCUCAAUGCAACUCUGAGCAUAAAAAUCUGCUCCUUCAAUGUGAGGUCUUUCGGAGAAGCAAAAAGGGCCAGACCUGAAGUCAUAGAUGUAAUUGUAAAGGUUAUUUCUUGCUGUGACAUCAUGCUACUGAUGGAAAUAAAGGACAACAGCAACAAGAUAUGCCCUCUUUUAAUAGAAAAUCUCAAUGGUCAGUAUCAAGAAGAAUAUGACUACGUGAUCAGUAAAAGGUUAGGAAGAAAGUCCUAUAAGGAACAAUAUGCUUUUAUCUAUAGAUCAAAUGUGGUGUCAGUGAAGCAAACCUAUCAGUAUCCAGAUAUUCAGCCUGGAGAUGUAGAUGCUUUUUCUAGAGAACCCUUUGUUGUCUGGUUCAAGUCUCCAAAAACUGUUGUUCAAGAAUUUGUGAUAAUCCCUCAACACACCACACCUGAAACAGCUGUCCGGGAAAUUGAUGAGCUCUAUGAUGUGUAUUUAGACGUCAAACAGCGCUGGAAAUCUAAGAACUUCAUCUUCAUGGGGGACUUCAAUGCUGACUGUGGUUAUGUUCCAAAGAAGCACUGGAAGAACAUCAGGCUGAGAACUCACUCUGAGUUUGUGUGGCUAAUUGGCGACAAAAAUGACACAACAGUUAGGAACAGCACAAACUGUGCAUAUGACAGAAUUGUGAUCCAUGGUGAAAAGCUCAUCGACGCUGUUGUCCCAAACUCAGCUGGUAUCAUUGAUUUUCAAAAGGCCUUUGGAAUGAUUGAAGAGCAGGCUCUGGAAGUUAGUGAUCACUUUCCAGUAGUGUUUGAGCUUAAAACUACCCAGAGUUUCCUCAACGGACCAAGAUCGCUUGCUGCAAACAAAAGAAAAACAAGAACUCUCCACCAUUUGUCAACCAAGCCAGCAAGUCACUCCUCCUGCCGUUAACAAUUCAUCCUUUCUCACAUACACCCCACAGGUGUAACUGCCACAGGAGAGGUUUCCUGUUGACUCCCUCAAUAGAGCGAGGUUGUGAUUUCAAGUACAAUCUGAUUAUUUCAACACUGAUGUCUUCUAGGCUUACACAGAAAUUAAUUGCAUUUUCCCCCAGAGCUUUCACAGCAGCAAACACUGCAGUAUCAUAGAUUUAAAAAACGCAAUGGAUAAUAUUAUUCAAUACCACAAUGAUCUUUUUCCUCAAACAACCCCAUACAGCUUUAUGCAGAUACCUGACCCUGUUGGGUGAAAGGCUUGUGAAAGCUAUCAAUUUAACUGGGUAGUGUGGGGAAUUAAGAACACCCUUACUUCCCAAGUCAGUGCUCUCAAGUAUUUUGUAGAUUGGCAGAAUGGUGGGGCAGGAAGGAAGGCAAACAAGAUACUGUUUUUAAAAGAAAAACAAGGAUUGACCUAUGUGAAAGCUUAUUCCAUGUGAAGAACGGAUUUGAAGACAGAAGCUAAGAGUAUAAUACAGUGGUUCUCA